AUGGUCGCUAAAUUCGAGGGCGUUGGAGACACGCCGGAAAAGUCCAACGAAAUGGCGGGUCGUGAGGACCACGAUCUCAUUGCCUCUUCGCCCAUUGUCGACAAGGGAAAGGGCAAGUCUUCCUUUAAAGAAUCCACCGACAUCACUGCUGCUUCGCUCCCGACAAGUCUUAUCUCUCAGCCCGACGAGAAGCAUUCUGUCAAGGACGACACCGAUCUCGAGUUCCUCAAGAUGCAGGAAUUCUUCAAAGGUGAGCCCCUUGCUCGUUGCCUCGACGACUAUAUCCCUCCUACCCACAUCGACAAGGAGGUGAAGGUCCUUCCUCUCGAGGAGGACGGAGGUGAGUCCAUGGUCAAAGCCGCCAAGAUUGAGCUCUGGAACAAGUUGGCUUCUCUUACCAACGCUCUAGAGGAGCGAUACCCUUCUGUCAAGGAGGAGCGUGAGGCCAAGCAAGCAGUCGUUGCUACUGCUUCCGCUUAUCUUGACGAGGCCCUCGGACAGUCAUCCAGGCAGAAGUACCAUCAACAAGAGGCACAGGCAAGCACCAAAGCCUCUCGAAGAGCCGAGAAAAAAGCCCAGAAGAAAGCCGACAAGAAAUCCCAGAAGGCUGCCAAACGCGAGAACCCCGUUAUCUCAUCGGCGAACACUCAGGAGGACUCAGCCAAGGAAUUCGUGCUCCGUCAGAGAUACCCCGAGAUCUAUGCAAAGAUCGACCACUGGAGAGCUCUUGCAGGUCCCGACAUGCAAGACGAUGCUGAUGACGAUAGUGUCUCGGAGUCUGGCAUCGAGUCUUUUCAGUCAAAUACUCAGUCAUCUACACAGCCAACUGCUCAGACUGCUGCUCAACCUGCUACUCAGCAGACUAAAUCGAUCCCUAUCCAGCAGCCCAGCACCUUGGCGUCCAAGCUUGACAACGACAAGACGCUCGCUGACGACUCCUCCGAGGGUGUUAACUGGAGCACUGGCUCGUCCGACGGCGAUCCGUUCUACUUGAACAAGUACCUCACCCCGUCUUACCAGGCUGCUGCCAAAACCUUCCUCGAGGAUUUCGACCGAAAGAAUCCCGUUCAACCGGUUGCUCUACAGCCCGUCAGCCAGUCCGUUGCCAAUCCGACUGUUCAUAAGGCUGCUCCUCAGACCAUUGACGGCGAGGAUUCUUGCACAUUCAUUCAGAGAGAUCCGAAGGAGAAAGGCGUGCGGGCCGCUCUUCACGUCUCCGAUGACGAGCUUUCUGACUCGGAAGAAGCGAGCAAGUCAAAGGCCGCCGAGACUCAGAAGCACAAGGAUGAGAUUAACCAGCGCGCUGUCGAGCGUGUCAAUGCCGCCCACGCCGAGGGCAAGAUCGUCCAUCUCGAGAAUACAAAGACUCUUCGCGAGGCCAUCGUAACGAACAUCAAGAAGGAAGACAUCGUCCCUGGCUUUGGAAAGACGAAGAAGCAGCCUUCCAUCGACUUCGACGAGGAUGCUUACGCUGAGCGCUCGAUCGCUUCCCACACCAUGAAGCCUGCGCCGCUUCGAAUCCCUUCUCGAAUGAAGCAGCCCGUUGACGGAGGCAACAAGAAAGUCGAUGCCAAGCCCAUUGCCACGACCCUGCCCAUGGUCACCAGAGACGUAAUGGUUCUCGGCGUUGACUGUGGCAAGAGAAGCAGAAUCGUCAGUGGUUCUUCUGCACAUAACACUCGUGGCGCUGUUAACUUCAGCUGGCCCAAGAUCCAACGCGCUGGCGGCAGGAACAAGUACGAAUUCCGCGACGAUGAGGAAUCGGACUACGAGCACGACGAGAAGAAAUCUGACGCCCUUGCUGCUCACAGAACCGCAGGCACCUUUGGCAAAAACCCAGUUGCUGGUGACCACGACUCCACGACUUCUGCCGCGAACCAGCCUAAGGGUUCAGCCCAGUCUCAGUCAUCCGCGUCUGCACAGCCGGACAUGGAAAACAGCCAGGACACCCAACGUCGCAGCUUCACCGCGGACGAGUAUCAGGCUCUCAUCCAGGAUGAGUUCGACACUUUCGCCGAGGCGUCACCCGAGAAGAAGCAAGAGCGGCUCGAGGCUGACAUGGCCGCUCUCAAUACCGGUAUCACCGAUACCGCCUCCAGCAUCACGCGCCAGACUGUGGUCAUUCCCGCUCAUCAUCGGCGGCCUACUUUUCGUCUGCCCGGCACUACUGCUCUGCCGCCCACCCCAGCCACUUCUCAUGCCCCCGUCACCACGGGUGAGAAGUUGGCUGACUUAGACGACUUCUUCUCCGAGGAGAACGACCGUCUGUACACGACUGCUCGCACUAACACUGGUUCGGGCUACGGUUCGAGCUAUGGCACCAGCACCGGCACCGUUACUGGCUCCCGAGGUCAAGAUGAGGCUUGGAAUGACCCCAACUACCACGAGGACGCCCUCGCGUACGGUUACGCUUACAAGCAGACCAACUACCACACUCUGCCAGACUCCAUGAACCCCGUGCCCCUCACCCAAGACCAGCGCCGCCAGGUUCUAACAAGCUAUGGCAUGUCUGAGGCCGAGUAUCCUGCACCCCCUGCCGGCUAUCCCAACCCUCCCGGCCCGGACAAGGGAUCCAACGUGCCUCCCUGCCCCACCCGCCCUGCUCCUUCUGCUCCAGCCCCUUCCAGUGCCGGAGGUGGCGGCGACGGACUCGACAAGGGCGGCAGCGGUCGAUACUGCAUUGACGGCGAAGCUCCCGCCGAGAGCUUGCGCAAGCAUCGUCGCUUCCAGCGCGCUGCUACGGCCCCUCCCGCGCCUCCUCCCGUCAGCCCUGCCCCUGGCUACGACGCUGACUGGUUCUGA